GACAUGCAGAAUUUCUAUGACCAAUAUACUUCUGUCCAGCCAUACCUAAUGAAGAAAGGAGAAGUAGAGUACGGCAAGGAACAGUAUUACCAAUCAAUUGAAGACAGGAAGAAACUGGCUGCUACAGCUUAAAGAAUUUUAUCAUAAUUUACUUUUGAAAUUCUUCUUGAGAGAAUCUUUCUAAAAGACAUUUGAAUUGUCUAACUAAAAAAGAAGAUAAUAUAAUUAUUAUUAGUUGAAACUGUAAUUCCUUUUUGCUGAAUACAAAUGCUUCUUUGCGAGUGCAUUAUUAGUAUUUUAYAGCCUGCGUAGCGGCUAUACUGGACAGGUCAUUUAUUUAAUAUUKUCGAACUUGUUUAUAAUUGGUAAAUAUCUCAUUUUAAAGGCUUAUGUGAAUACUGCUUGUCUGAUUUUUUAAUUGCAAUAAUAUGUCCAUCUAAAUUUUAACCUUUGAUUUGAAUAAAGAUAUUUGUUUGUUUCAAA